AUGAUAGAGGAGGGCCAACCCUCCUCUAGUAUUCCGCCAGCGGGAUCUCCGUGUCGGUCUACAGCCCCAUCCACCUCUUGGUGCAGUUUGUUCAAAGAGCCUGCAUCAAAAUUCAAAAACUUGACUUAUCAUAGUGAUGUACGUGGAAAGAAAAUCUCGAUUCAGGAUGAAGAUGUUGCUGAAGAAAUCAACUACUGGUCCUUAUCAGUGCAAGUUCUGUCUCAUAUCCAUACUUUCGAGGGAAGACCAAUCAUACUACUCAAACGUUGGAGCAAAAAUGUCAAUCUAGUUAAAGAAGUAUUGGAGUCGGUUCCUAUUUGGUUAAAGAUAUAUGAUCUGCCAGUGCAUUAUAGGAAAACUCAAAUUGUCUCUAUGAUUUGUUCUACAUUUGCAAAACCUAUAUAUAUGGACAAUACUGAAGCUAAUAAGGAUAAAGGUCUAUAUUUACGAGUUAUGGUUGAAGUAGAUGUGAAAGAACAGUUACCCGAUUCUUUGGUGGUGGACAUUCAUGGUGUUGAUUGUGAUCUUACUUUUGAAUAUGACUGGAAGCCACAUAUUUGUACUAUUUGUCAAAGAGUGGAUCAUGUUUCAGAUAGGUGUCCUCAAAAGGUUCUACAGCCCAAGCCAAUGAAGAAGAAUCUGGUUAAGAAAUGGCUGGUAAAACAAAAGGGACAAUUGGUGAUUAGGGAUGCUGAUGAGGUGUUUGACGAAAGGGCUGUUGGACAAGAUAAAGUUACUUUUGUUAAUAGGAACACAGUUACAUCUGUUGUCCCGAUUCAAACCUCAAAUGCUUUCCAAGUUCUCCAGAAUGUAGUGUUACAGAAUGAAGAAGUUGAGGAGGGUCCUUCACAGACAGUGGAGAAGAUGUUAGAAGAUGAAAUUGUUAAUGUGGAGAGUACUAAAAAAGAGAAAGCUCAUUCUGAAGUGGAUAUGUUAGCUGAUGAUACUGUUAUUGUGGAGGAUACUCAAAAACAGAAAGUUAAUUCAUUGAAGGGAAUUGAAACUGAAGUGCAAGCUGUUCAAGAAAUUUCAACAGAAAAGUUUCAAGUUGAGCCUGGGAUGACUCAAUCUAAAGGUUCAAGGAGUUCCAGAAGUAACAAGUACAGGGGUACAAGUGAAGAAUCGUACUACUGUAAUUUAAGAAUUUGGAUUGGUUGGGAUCCGCUGUUAUUUACAGUGACUAAGGUCAAUGAGAUGGAUCAGUCUAUUCGGCUUAAGGUUCAUAUUAUUCAAACUGAUAAGCUUGUUUUUUGUACACCUGUAUAUGCCUCAAAUGCUAUAGCUGGAAGAAAAAGACUUUUGAAUCACUUAAUUUCUCAAUCUACAAUUGUGAAUGGUCCGUGGUUGGUAGUUGGGGAUUGGAAUGCCACUCGAUUCUACUCAGAUAAACAAGGAGGAAGAAGAGUUCCACAAAAACUACUAGAUGAAUUUAAUGAAUGUCUUCAAAAUGCUGGACUGAUGGAAUUAUUUGCUUCAAAUGGGGAUUGGACAUGGUGUAACAAACAAGGUAGGGACAGAAAGAUUAUGGCUAAGCUGGAUAGGGUAUUCACAAAUGAUGCCUGGCUGCAGUUAUUCACAGGUAUAAAAAUUUCUUACUCAGCUUCAUCAUCCUCGGAUCACUGUGGUGUUGUUAUAAAUAUAUUUAGGCAGUUUGCAAGUGGCCCAAAGCCCUUCAAAAUGUUGAAAUUUUGGUGCUUACAUGAGGGCAUUACUGAGGUAAUAAAGAAAGCCUGGACUGAACCUACUUAUGGUACCCCAAUUCACAUUCUUCUUAAAAAACUUAGAACAGUUAAGGCUGCUGUCAGAUUAUGGAUCAAAAAAUAUUUUGGGGAUAUAGAAGAGAGGGUUUUAAGCACUAAACAGAAAUUGGAUGAUAUUCAACUCGCACUUCUUGAUAAUCCUACAGAAGAUAUGUUUGCAAAGGAGAUUCAAGCUAAGGAUGAAUAUAAUGAUGCUUUGUCUUCUCAAGAGAUUCUAUAUGCACAAAAGUCAAAAAUUCAGUGGUUUAAGGAAACUGAUAAAUGUUCUGCUUUUUUUUACUCAAAGAUGAAACAACAUCAUCAAUUCAAUGCAAUAACUUCUGUGGAGAGAGAGAGAAUGGCCAGGCAAAAAUUCAAGGUUUUGACAGAUCUAUGGUGUGAAGGAGAAACACUGCUACAGAAGUUUAGGCAUAGAUUGAAAAGGAAGGUGCAACUGGCACCUGGAUGUUUUACUUGUUUAAAACAAGUUGAUACUAGAGAUCAUAUUUUUGUUCAAUGCCCAUUUGCUAUGAAAUUCUGGAACUGGUUGAAAGAUGCACUUGGUUGGAAUGUGGAUUUCAAUUCCAUUUUGUUAGUUGAAGAAUUGUUGACAUGGUUCUUAUUACAAUCCAGUAAAUUGAUUAAAACUUUGCUUGUUGCUGGCUUUUGGAGCAUUUGGCAAGAGAGAAACCGAAGGCUACAUGGUUACAGCUCUUGCUUAACUACAGAUGUAGCUAGGAAAACUUUGUUUGAGGUUCUUGAUUUAUAUAAUGUCUCUCUUAGAGACAUUAUAUAA